UGAAUGUCUCAGUUUAAGUUUGAAAUUCAUACACUGAUUUGGCAUUCUGAAACUCAUAUCAAUAAUACAAUUUUUAACGAAUAUUUUUAAUAACUAAAUAACAAAACAGAAUUUUUCAAUAAUUAGAAGAACUAAAAUCUCAUUAAAUUAAUAUGGAUACUUCCACGUACACAAUUUUAUUCGGAUUAAUAUUGAGUAUAUCGUGUACUUUCGGGCAGUAUGAACAAUCUCCAAAAAUUAAAGAUGACAACUAUCAAAAUUCAAAUUAUGGAAAUAAUAAGAAACCAAAUGCUCCAGUAGCAAUAUUAAAACAAAUUAAUCGUCAUAAUGAAGAUGGAUCAUAUACAUAUGGAUUUGAAGGUGCUGAUGGUUCAUUUAAAAUAGAAACAAAAUCCGCAAGUGGAGAAGUUAGGGGUAAAUAUGGAUUCGUUGAUGAUUCUGGUAAAGUUAGAGUGGUUGAAUAUGGGGCAAAUCAACAUGGUUUUCAACCAGCUGGAGAAGGUAUAACUGUUGCACCUCCUACUUUAGUCGAUGAAACAACAAACGGCAUACAAUAUGGAUCUAACGAAGUUUCUCAAAAUCAAAAUUAUGAUCCCAUGAAUUCACCACAAAAGGAUUCAUCAGUGCAAUCACAAUUACCAUCGCGUUCUCAACUAUCAAAAUCUUCUGUUUUUACUCCUGCAGCUAAUUCAGAAUUGUCACAGCAAUUUGAUUAUGAACAACGACCACCCGCUUCACAAGUCUACAAUCAAGGUCCCGUUCAAUUUAAUCCUCCGUUGAAUCAUGGUUCAAGUGGCAUUGUUGCACCUUCUCCUUCAAGAGCUGUCGGUGCUUCAGACGAAUACAAUGGAAAAGUUGGAGUUUUAGAUCAGCUAGCUCGAGAUUACGCACUACCAAAAAAUGCUGCACCACCUUUACAUGACAUUAGUUUUGGAUACUAUUGAAACUCUCAAAAUGUACAUGAUUAAAUAUACAUAAUUUAUUCGAA